CCUGUGGUCCCCCCCAUUGCGAUGAUAACAUUGGUAGUGUUUGUGUGAAUUCAGCAGUAGGUCGUGUUAUUCCUGUGUUUGUUUUAAAAAUGAAGCUCUUUUGUUUAGUCUUCAGUCUGUACUUCACCUGUGUGACUGCAGGGAAAUACUCUCGAGAGUUGAACGAGCAGACGAGUAGUAGUGAUGGGCAGUCUGUGGAGUUCAGGAUAGCUAAGCUGAACCAGGUCUGGGAGAAAGCUAAAAGGAUGGUGUUGUCCCCAGUGCGGCAGGCAGAGCUGCACAGUGACCUGAAGAUCCAGGAAAAAGAUGAGCUGCAGUGGAAAAAGCUAAAGGUUGAGGGGCUUGAUGAAAAUGGAGAGAAAGAGGCCCAGCUCAGACGUAACUUCAACGUGAUCCUGGCAAAGUAUGGAAUGGAUGGGAAAAGAGACACUAGACCACUAGAGAGUAACCAUCUAAAGGACCAUGACACCAAGGAGGGCGACAUAUUUGAGGAUCCCAGGCUUGACAAACUCUGGAACAAGGCCAAGAGCUCAGGGAAGUUUUCAGAUGAGGAGUUGAUGAGUCUGAAGAGGGAGUUCCAACAUCACAAGGAUAAGACACAUGAGUACAACAUCCUCAUGGAUACCGUCAGCAGAGCAGAGGAAGUACACAAGAAUGUAAUCUCUCCCCUGGAGGGUGAUGCCAAAGAGCAUGUGCUGCACCAGAAGCACAAAGACCUCAAGUUGAAAAUGAGAGACCUCAACCAGGGCUUUGAGCGCCUCCGUAAGCUCAGCCACGAGGGCUUUGCUGAAGACAGUGAGUUUCAGGAGCCACGUGUGAUCGACCUAUGGGAGGCUGCCAAGAGAGCCAACCUCACUGAAGAUGAGCUGGACUCUCUCAAGGAGGAGCUGCAUCACUUCGAGACCAAGGUGGAGAAACACAGCCAUUACAAGGAGCAGCUGGAGCUUUCCCACCAGAAGCUGCAACAUGUGGAGGCUUUAGGAGACAAGGAGCACAUCAAGAGGAACCAGGAAAAGUAUAACUCUCUUGCUGAGAAGACCAGGGAGAUGGGCUACAAGAUGAAGAAACACUUGCAGGACCUGUCCAACAAGAUCUCUCGUGAUGGACUCGAGCACAAUGAGCUCUGAGAUGUCCGGACCAUGGCUAUCGAAUCAGUGAAGGUUGAUUGAACUGAAAUUGUUUUGUCAACAACAAAGCGCACUGAUAGUCUCUUCCCCUUCAACUACUGUAAAAAAAUCUUUGUUUUCUUAUGAUGUCGUUUUAUUGCUUGUUAAUGUGUAAAUAAAUUGUCGGCCAUUUAUACAAAAGACACAACCAUGCACUCAAUAUGCUGGGCUGGGAUGAUCACAGAUUGUUAGUUCAGCAAGAAGAUGCAAAAUGUAGAUGUCACAGUCGGUAAAUAUAGGGAUUGGCUUACGUGUCGUUAGAUGUGCAUUUAUAUGAUAAUCUUGUACAGCAUCAAUUCACUUGGUCUCCACAUUUAAAAAAACAUUUUUUCUACUUUUUCUAAUCAAAAUAAAGUGCAGGGUGCUUUGCAGAUUCAGAUCACAAGGAAUGAAACAUGAAAAUGUGACAUCUAUUUUUAAUAGCUGGUUAGUUGCUAUUGUCAGCAACCUAAAAAAGUAUUUUUUAUUUUCUUUCCUAUUUAAUAUUUUUGGAUGAAAUGUUAAUGGUUUGUAUAGCGCUGUUCUUGCUUCUGAUUACUCAAAGCGCUAUCACAUCGCAGGUCAUACCUACACAUUCACACACUGAAAGCAGAGGCUGCUAUGUAAAGUAUCCAUCAGUAUUAACUAAUCACAUUCAUACUCCACCGACGAAGCAGCAAGAGCAACUUGGGGUUAAGUGUCUUCCCCAAGGACAAAUCGGACAUGUGGCUGCAGGAGCUGGGGAUCACACCUCCAACUAUCUGGUUUAGAGACCCCUGAGACACAGCCGCCCCAAAAUAAAACACUUUAUUUUCCCUUUAAAAUCAGUAUAGAUUUACAGAUAAAAAAAGAUGCAAUUAAAAGCACGUAAGUGUUAUAAAUACAUUUUAUUGAUAUAAUAUGGCAUGCAGGAACUCAGUCAUCAACACACAUUUGGCCAAAUGCUGAAUUUUGACCACAACUUGCUUUCAAAAAGUUUUAAGAGCCUUGCUAAUCAUAAGGGUGAUGUUUCUGUCCCUAUUUUUAAAUAAAUAAAUCAAAUACAGUUUGCCAUCCCAUCAUUUUGACAUUUCACCCCUUCGUCACAUUGUGGGUUAUUAAGGAAGGACUUUCCUUGAUUAGAAUAUUAACACUAAUGUCCACUGGCUCCUCAGGAAUACAUGUUCCAUGUGCUCUGAAAAUCUCUUCAUGUUAAAAAUGUAACACUUACUGAAUAAAAGCCAUCAAAACAAAGGCAGGAGAGUACCAAAUAGAACAUAAGCCCAUAUGAAAUGAAAACACAGUAACUGAACACAAAACACAUCCAAAAUGCCUGCUGCAUAUAUGAGACCCCUGAGACAUAUCAUUUUCAUUCUUCUUAUUUGUAGAAUGGAUGGUGUGUCAGAAUCACUUUGGUGGCUCUACCUGCCUGGUCACCGGCUGAGUCAGUCUGUUCUUCCUGUCCUAGAUAUAUGCUCUGUCAGGACACUCUGAACUUUUGUCAUGGCAAUAAUAUGUAGGUGGGCAUACUUCUUGUAAGGAAAUUGUAAAGGGGAAACAGAGAAUAUGCACUUAUUUUUCUUAGUUCCAUGUUUUUCUGAACUUCAUGUUUUCACCGGUAGAAAAACAAACCAGUCUAAGAGAGGCUUGUGUUCCACUGACCCUCGAUUGAGUUAACCAAUCUCAUUUGAUGAUAAAAUGAUUAAAAUUGCUGUUUCUUGCUCAUACAUGAUUAUGUUGAUUCAUGAGUAAAAUUGCUUUAUGCCACUCUUUUUACAUUUUGUUUUCAAUCAAUAAACUUCUGGCUGUACCCCACUAAUUAGCUUUUGAGCUGAACUGAAUUCAAAUGUACAUGAAUAAACACCUUUGCCCUGUCA